AUGUGUGAUUUUUUGGAAGACAUCUUGGCCAAAGUGGACUGCCAGUUUGGCAAUUAUGCCCUCCUCAGUAAAAUCGGGAGGGGCUCCUUUGGCCAGGUGAGACUGGCCCGGCACCUCAUAACCAGCAUGAAGGUGGCGGUGAAAAUAGUCAACUGUGAAGAUCCCGCAGACGUGGCCGAAGAAAUUGAUUGUCUGAAAGAACUAAACCACCCGAACAUCAUAAAACUAUUUGAGGUGGUCAACACCAACCACCAGGUAUACAUGUUUAUGGAAUAUGCCCGGGGAGGUACCUUAUACAAUUAUCUAAAGAAGUGGGGUCCUAUCUUGGAGACGGAAGCACAAGCCCCAUUCCGGCAGCUGCUGUCGGCUGUCCACUACUGUCACCAAAAACAUAUCGUCCACCAUGACAUAAAACCCGAAAACAUCCUGCUGGACAUGGGGUUGAAUAUCAAACUGGCUGACUUCGGACUGAGUGCUGUGUUCUGCAAGGAGGAAAAACUCAGCAUCUUCUGUGGCACUCCCAACUACAAGGCCCCAGAACUGUUCGGGCUUGAACCAUACGAGGGCCCGAAGGUGGACGUCUGGAGCAUGGGGGUCGUGCUAUACAAGAUGCUGACCGGAACAAUGAUCGACAUCGACCCCGGCCGAAGACCCAACGUGGGAUUUCUUCUGCAAGAUGCCUGGGUGAAUAUCGGGGAGGCUGACCAAAUGACCCCAUACAUUGAACCAGCCUGCACUGACAUCGACCCCCAGGUCACUGAAAUCAUGCGGACACUUGGGUAUGAGCAGGAAGAGAUAGAGUCAUCCCUCACGGAGAAGAAGUUUAAUAGUGUGAUGGGCACAGUUCACUCUGGAGGAAAGCGGUAUGAGUACACAGAUUCUGGGAAGUCCUUCAGUGAAAGUUCCAAGAUCAUUCGACAUCAGAGAAUUCACACUGGAGAAAAGCCUUAUGAGUGUUGUGAAUGUGGGAAAUCUUUUACCCGCAAUAGUUCCCUUCUUACACACAAGAGAGUUCAUACAGGAGAAAAACCUUAUGAAUGUAGUGAAUGUGGGAAGACUUUUAGGCAAAAUAGUCACCUCCUUAUCCACAGGAGAGUUCACACUGGAGAAAAACCUUAUGAAUGUGGUGAAUGUGGGAAGUCUUUUAGGGAUAAUAGUCAUCUCCUUAUCCACAAGAGAGUUCACACUGGAGAAAAACCUUAUGAAUGUAGUGAAUGUGGGAAGACUUUUAGGCAAAAUAGUCACCUCCUUAUCCACAGGAGAGUUCACACUGGAGAAAAACCUUAUGAAUGUGGUGAAUGUGGGAAGUCUUUUAGGGAUAACAGUCAGCUCCUUAUCCACAAGAGUGUUCACACUGGAGGAAAGCCUCAUGUGUGUAGUGAAUGUGGGAAAGCUUUUAACUCCAAUUAUUAUCUUGUUAUCCACAAGAGAGUUCACACUGGAGAAAAACCUUAUGAAUGUGGUGAAUGUGGAAAGUCUUUUAGGGUUAGUAGCCUGCUGCUUAUCCACAAAAGAGUUCACUCUGGAGAAAAACCUUAUGAAUGUAAUGAAUGCGGAAAGUCUUUUAGGCAAAAUAGUCACCUUCUUAUCCACAAGAUAGUUCACGCUGGAGAAAAACCUUAUUUAUGUGGUGAAUGUGGGAAGUCUUUUAGGGAUAAUACGCAGCUCUUUAUCCACAAGAGAGUUCACACUGGAGAAAAACCUUAUGUGUGUCGUGAAUGUGGGAAGUCUUUUAGGCUAAAUACUCAGCUCCUUAUCCACAAGAGAGUUCACACUGGAGAAAAACCUUAUGAAUGUAGUGAAUGUGGGAAGUCUUUUAGGCAAAACAGUCACCUCCUUAUCCACAGGAGAGUUCACACUGGAGAAAAACCUUAUGAAUGUGGUGAAUGUGGGAAGUCUUUUCGGGAUAAUAGUCAUCUCCUUAUCCACAAGAGAGUUCACACUGGAGAAAAGCCUCAUGUGUGUAGUGAAUGUGGGAAAGCUUUUAACUGCAAUUAUUCUCUUCUUAUCCACAAGCGAGUUCACACUGGAGAAAAACCUUAUGAAUGUGGUGAAUGUGGAAAGUCUUUUAGGGUUAGUAGCCUGCUCCUUAUCCACAAGAGAGUUCACACUGGAGAAAAACCUUAUGAAUGUAGUGAAUGCGGAAAGUCUUUUAGGCAAAAUAGUCACCUCUUUAUCCACAAGAGAGUUCACACUGGAGAAAAACCUUAUGAAUGUGGUGAAUGUGGGAAGUCUUUUAGGGAUAAUACGCAGCUCCUUAUCCACAAGAGAUUUCACACUGGAGAAAAACCUUAUAUUCCUGCCCUCAGGCCAUCUCCUUCACCAAGGACUUCCUCCACCGCCAUCUCCUCCAAGACAGCCGUGGCUCCUAUCGAGCAGGUCAAGCCAGAGUAG